AUGGUUCCUCUGCCCAUCAGUCUGCUCCCCUCCGGCCCCGGGACCAGCAGUGUCCAUGGUUCCUCUGCCCAUCAGUCUGCUCCCCUCCGGCCCCUGGACCAGCGGUGUCCAUGGUUCCUCUGCCCAUCAGUCUGCUCCCCUCCGGCCCCUGGACCAGCGGUGUCCAUGGUUCCUCUGCCCCUCAGUCUGCUCCCCUCCGGCCCUGGGACCAGCGGUGUCCAUGGUUCCUCUGCCCCUCAGUCUGCUCCCCUCCGGCCCCUGGACCAGCGGUGUCCAUGGUUCCUCUGCCCCUCAGUCUGCUCCCCUCCGGCCCCUGGACCAGCGGUGUCCAUGGUUCCUCUGCCCCUCAGUCUGCUCCCCUCCGGCCCUGGGACCAGCGGUGGUCAUGGUUCCUCUGCCCCUGAGUCUGCUCCCCUCCGGCCCCUGGACCAGCGGUGUCCAUGGUUCCUCUGCCCCUCAGUCUGCUCCCCUCCGGCCCCGGGACCAGCGGUGUCCAUGGUUCCUCUGCCCAUCAGUCUGCUCCCCCUCCGGCCCCUGGACCAGCGGUGUCCAUGGUUCCUCUGCCCCUCAGUCUGCUCCCCUCCGGCCCCGGGACCAGCGGUGUCCAUGGUGUGA